AUGAUUGGCACUUUAAGAGCUAACAGGAGAGGAAAUCCCAAAAAAAUGCUCAAUAAGAAGGUAAAAAGAGGGGAGGCUAUCUGGAAACGCGAAGGAAAAAUUGAUGUAACCAAAUGGAAAGAUAAGAGGAACAUCAGAAUAAUAAGCACUUCUCAUAAACAUCAGAUGGUUAAAAUUACAACAAGACGAGGCCACGAAAAACUAAAACCACAGAGCGUUCUAGAUUAUAAUGCUCAUACGUCGGGAGUUGACAGAGCCGAUCAAAUCAUGUCAUACUAUUCCAGUCCAAGAAAGACAAUAAAAUGGUAUCGCAAAAUUUUUAUUUAG